AUUUUGCCUCUUGUCUUGCUGCUGAGGCUCAGUUGAACGGUAUCAAGGUGGUGGUUGCUAUUAUUAUAUUAGUAUUUAGAGGCAUCUCAAACAUGACUGCCACGUCUGUAGAUAUCUUGAUUAUCGGUGCUGGUCCUACGGGACUAGGCGCCGCUAAACGAUUACAACAAUUCAACCACAAGUCAUGGCUUAUGGUGGACAGUUUCGAGAGUGUGGGUGGUCUCGCUUCUACUGAUGAAACUCCGGAGGGCUUCUUAUUUGAUGUUGGUGGUCACGUUGACUGGUUUAUACAUGAACGUGUCUCGUACGUGAAGUCUAAGGGUAAAUGGAUUCCUUAUCCUUACCAAAACAACAUCUCUAUGUUGCCUAAAGAGGAUCAGGUCAAAGCUUUGACUGGAAUGAUUGAAGCAUAUGAAGUAUCUCUAUCGACUAAGAUUCCCCCAAAGAACUUUGAUGAAUGGAUUGUUCGUAACAUGGGUGAAGGUAUUGCUGAUCUCUUCAUGAGGCCCUACAACUUCAAAGUCUGGGCAAUCGAACCCAGAGAUAUGCAAUGCCAAUGGUUGGGGGAGAGAGUCGCUGCUCCUGAUCUCAAGAUGGCCGUUACGAAUGUGGUUCUAAACAAAGUUGCAGGAAAUUGGGGUCCUAAUGCUACCUUUCGCUUUCCUGCACACGGUGGCACUCAUGGUAUCUGGCUUGCUGUAGGGAAGACUCUUCCGCCCGCCAACCUCAGGCUGUCGACAACCGUUAGUAAGAUCGACCAUCAACAAAAGACAGUCCUAUGUACUGAUGGAUCCACGAUAUCCUACAAGACUUUGAUCAACACCAUGCCAUUGAUCGAGUUGGCUAACAUGCUAGUUCCUUCAAUCCCGAAAGUAAUUGAAGAGUCAAGCGGUCUAUUGUUUUCCUCAACUCAUGUUAUUGGUAUUGGAAUCCGAGGUAGUAGACCUGAACGCAUAGGUGACAAGUGUUGGCUUUACUUUCCCGAGGCAGACAGCCCGUUUUACCGAGCAACGAUAUUUUCCAACUACUCGCCAUAUAAUCAGCCCAGUGAAACCCUCGAACUACCUACUCUCAGGCUGGCUAAAGACUCCAGUUGUGUAGCGGAUAGUAAUGGCAGACCUGGGCCGUACUGGUCUUUAAUGAUGGAAGUAUCCGAAUCACCGCGAAAACCGGUCGACCUGCCGACAUUAAUGGAGGAUACCAUUCAAGGCUGCCUUAACACAGGACUGCUUUUGCCCACUGAUGAAAUCGUGUCAACGUAUUCUCGCAAAUUCUACUAUGGCUACCCUACGCCAUCUCUCGACCGAGAUAAACACCUCGCUGUAAUUUUGCCUGAACUGGAGAAGCUGAGCAUCCUGUCUAGAGGUCGAUUUGGAUCAUGGAAGUACGAAGUAGCCAACCAGGAUCAUUCAUUCAUGUUAGGUGUGGAAGCUGUAGACAAGGUCCUGUUUCAGAGUCCUGAAAUGACGCUGAUGAGUCCCAACUGGGUCAACAGCAGGUCUAACAGCGAGAGACGAUUCGGAAUUAUCGAGAAGCAGGAGUAA